UCGGUUUAUAGAUGUUCAGACGCGCGAUUUUGGAACACCUCGAACGUACAACCGUUAUACUUUUUUUUCGCAUAGUCUUUAUCGUUGGUCCGAUUCCGUUCUCUGCAGUUUUGAUUGCGUCUAAUUGAAACAAAUGGUAGACAGGAAAUUAAUGGUUCUUGCAUGCAUCUGCAUUUGCAUACAGAUAUGUGAAAGUGCCAGAGGAGGAGGAAGAGGAAAGUUGAGCAGAGGAAGAGGUAGAAUUUUUAGUUCCAGUGUACCAGUAAUGAUUCAGCACAGAAAUCCAGCAGCCAAAAAUUAUUAUGAAAAUAAAGACGGUGCCAAGAUUGUCAAGUCCAGCCAUUUUGAAUUGGAAUAUAUGUUGGGAAGAAAAAUAACGUUCUUUUGCAUGGCUACCGGUUAUCCCAGACCCGAAAUAGUUUGGUUCAAAGAUGGAAUUGAGCUUUUAUAUCACAAAUUCUUCCAAGUGCACGAAUGGCCAAUUGGAAAUGAUACAGUAAAAAGCAAAAUGGAAAUUGAUCCUACUACCCAAAAGGACGCUGGGUAUUACGAGUGUCAAGCUAACAAUAAGUACUCCAUUGAUUUCAGGGGUUUCAGGACGGACUAUGUUAUGAUAACUUACUGAAAUAUAUUUCAUUUUGUAAUUAUUGUGUUCACAUCAAUCUUUUGCCGGGCCUAUUGUAAAUACAAAACC